UGCUAAUAUACCACUUUGCCUUGCACUUCAUUACCUCGCCUUUCAUGGUUUCACUUCAUUAGCUCUCUCUCUCUAUCCUCCUCUGUGCUUCUUCUGUCCAUGGCUAUGCUCGUGUAAGCUCAAUACAGCUCUAUGAUAUGUGGUAUUUCUUUUCCUCAAUCUGAUAAAAAAAAAAAAAAGAAUUUGUUUCUCUGGAACCACCUCCACCUCCUGUAAACCAGAGCGCUUCUCAUGGCUGCUUCUGAUAUGAGGUACUCUGUCUUCCUCUCUUUUUUAUUUCUUGUGUUCCUUUCGUCUUUUCAUCCUGUUUCUUCACAUAACCCAUCUCUAAAAAGGCAAGCUGCAAUCCUGGUUUCUCUCAAACAAGCUUUUGAGUCCUUCAAUCCUUCUCUAAAUAGCUGGAAUGUAUCAAACUACUUAUCCCUCUGUUCUUGGACCGGCGUCCUCUGCGACAGCAUGAACAGAUUAGUAGUUUCACUAGACAUAUCCAAUUCCAACAUCUCUGGCUCUCUGUCACCCGCACUCACAGAACUAAGAGCCCUUGUUAAUCUUUCAGUCGCCGGUAACAGUUUCUCAGGUUCUUUUCCACCGGAUAUUCACAAGCUAGAAAGAGUUCAAUUCCUCAACAUAUCCAACAACAUGUUCAGUGGCGAUUUGAACUGGGAGUUCUCUCAGUUGAAAGAGCUUGCAGUGCUUGACGUUUAUAAUAACAAUUUCAAUGGCUCACUUCCUUUGGGUGUCACUGAACUUCCCAAGCUGCAGCACUUAGACUUUGGCGGGAAUUUCUUCACUGGGGCAAUCCCUCCAAGCUAUGGCGAUAUGAAGCAGCUCAAUCAUCUUUCACUUGCAGGAAACUCAUUGGGUGGGCUCAUACCCAGUGAACUUGGGAAUCUUACUAAUAUCAAGUAUCUUCUCUUGGGCUAUUACAACGAGUUCGACGGCGGAAUCCCACCAGAGUUGGGUAAGCUGAUCAAUCUGCUUCAUCUAGACCUUGCAAGUUGUGGCUUGGAGGGUCCAAUUCCUCCAGAGCUGGGCAAUCUAAACAAGUUAGACACUAUUUUCUUGCAAAUAAAUCAGUUAAGUGGUCGGAUUCCUCCCCAACUGGGGAAUUUGAGUAGCCUGAAAACUCUUGAUAUUUCAAAUAAUGCGCUGACAGGAGCUAUCCCAGUAGAGUUCUCAGGCCUCCAUCAGCUAACUCUCUUGAACCUUUUCAUCAAUAAAUUUCAUGGGGAGAUCCCUCCUGCCAUUGCAGAACUACCCAAGUUAGAAGUCCUAAAAAUGUGGCAGAAUAACUUUACUGGAGCCAUUCCUUCAAAGCUUGGUCAGAAUGGUAGACUAAUUGAGCUUGAUUUGUCAACCAAUAAGCUCACUGGAUUGGUCCCUAAAUCUCUAUGCUUUGGAAGGAAGUUGACUAUCUUGAUUCUACAACACAAUUUUCUCUUUGGUCCUCUGCCUGAUGAUCUUGGUCAAUGUGACACGCUCCAAAGAGUUCGAAUUGGACAUAAUUAUUUGAGUGGGUCAAUACCAAACGGAUUUCUUCACUUGCCAGAGCUAUCACUCAUGGAGUUAUAUAACAACUAUCUUAGUGGGUCACUUCCUGAAGACACCGGCAAGGUACCCUCAAAACUUGUCCAGCUAAAUCUUUCAAAUAAUCGCUUGUCUGGGUCUCUUCCUGCUUCCAUUGGAAAUUUCCCCAGCUUGCAGAUUCUUCUACUAACCGGAAACCGAUUCACAGGAGAAAUCCCAUCUGACAUAGGCCGGUUGAAAAAAGUCCUGAAUUUGGAUAUGAGUAGAAACAACUUUUCAGGCAGAAUUCCACCUGAGAUUGGUAAUUGUCUCUUGCUGACUUCUUUAGAUUUGAGCCAAAACCAACUCUCAGGCCCAAUCCCAGUUCAAAUUGCUCAAAUUCACAUAUUAAAUUGUCUCAAUCUCUCAUGGAACCACCUUAACCAGAGCCUCCCCAAGGAAAUUGGGUCAAUGAAGAGCUUAACUUCAGCAGAUUUCUCCCAUAACAACUUCUCUGGUCCAAUACCUGAAACAGGGCAAUAUUUAGUCUUCAACUCCACAUCCUUUGCUGGUAACCCUCAGCUCUGUGGUUCUUACAUGAGCCCGUGCAACUAUCUCUCAAGCUCACCAUUAGAAUCUCACAACCAUGCUGGCACCAGGCCUCAAGUCCCCGGAAAAUAUAAGCUUAUUUUUGCUUUGGGGCUCUUUAUAUGCUCGUUGGUAUUUGUUACUCUAGCAAUCAUCAAGACCAGAAAGGUAAGAAAUUCAAAUUUAUGGAAGCUGAAGGCAUUCCAGAAGCUGGAAUUUGGAAGUGAAGAAAUACUAGAAUGCAUAAAGGACAACAAUGUUAUAGGAAGAGGUGGAGCUGGGAUUGUGUACAGAGGAAUCAUGCCAAAUGGGGAGCAAGUAGCUGUGAAGAAGCUGUUGGGAAUAAGCAGAGGCUCUUCCCAUGAUAAUGGUCUCUCCGCAGAAGUACGUACACUGGGAAAAAUCCGUCACAGGAAUAUUGUGCGGUUGCUGGCAUUUUGUUCAAACAAAGAGACCAAUUUGCUUGUUUAUGAGUACAUGCCAAAUGGAAGCCUAGGUGAAGUUCUUCAUGGGAAGAGAGGUGGGUAUCUCAAGUGGGAAACUAGACUGAAAAUAGCCAUUGAAGCAGCAAGGGGGCUUUGUUACUUGCAUCAUGAUUGUUCUCCUCUAAUACUCCAUCGGGAUGUCAAGUCCAACAACAUUUUACUUGACUCCGAUUUUGAAGCUCAUGUAGCAGAUUUUGGACUCGCCAAGUUCUUACAAGACACUGGAAACUCUGAGUGCAUGUCUGCAGUUGCAGGCUCUUACGGCUAUAUAGCUCCAGAGUACGCUUACACAUUGAAAGUCGAUGAAAAGAGUGACGUGUACAGCUUCGGGGUGGUACUGCUGGAGCUCAUAACAGGGAGAAGGCCAGUUGGUAAUUUUGGGGAAGAAGGAAUAGACAUUGUUCAAUGGACAAAGAUGCAAACCAACUCAAGCAAACAAGGAGUGGUGAAAAUCCUGGAUGAACGAUUGGGUAAUAUCCCAAUAGAUGAAGCAAUGCAGGUCUUCUUCGUGGCAAUGCUAUGUGUUCAAGAGCGCAGCGUCGAGCGCCCUACCAUGAGAGAAGUUGUUCAAAUGCUUGCACAAGCAAAACAACCAAAUACAUUUCAAAUGCAAUGACUUCAUCGGCCAAACUCUGGCUUUUUAUGCAACAUCUUGCUUGAUGAUCCACAGAAUUUGUCAAAAUGUUGAUAUGGUGGUGGGAGAAUAGGUGGAUCUGCUUAAUUAAGCACUAGGCCAGAGAUAUAUGACAGCAAGCAGUCUAAUAGUAUUAUUAUACAUGCAUGCCAUAAGUGGAGCUGCUUUUUUUUUUUUUUUUUUGGGCUUUUUACUUUUAAAUUUUUGGGUUGAAUAGCGUAUAUGAUGUAUGUUGUUGGCUCAUGUAGUAAGAUUUGAGGGGUGUUCUGGUCAUUCGAGUGCAAGUAAACUUGAACAUGAAGGGUUCUGAAAAGCUGUUGCCUGUUGGUAUAGUUGGCUGCAUUAUUGUGUCAUUA